AUGAUGAAGUACCCCGAUUUCUAUGAUUUAAAAGCUUUAGAAAAGUCAUUGAAUUUCAACAUGGUAAAAAACAAAAAUAAUGAAAAAGUAAAGUGGAUGACCACUAAAUGGAUACAAGUGCCAAUUUCAAAGGCUAAGAAGAAGGAUUUGAUGACGCUGUUGAAGGAUGGAGUGAUCCCAAAAGACUACGUUGAUUAUUACACUAACAUUCCUUAUAUUGAUGAAGAAAAUAUAAUUAACGAUCGUUCAGGCUCAGAGUCCGAUGACUGA